AUGCCCGUCAGCUCUUUGAUCAGUGCCAUGAUCGACACUACUGAAUAUCCUUCUGCACGGCCCAAGAGCCCGUCUGUGCCAUGUAGCACCAGAACAAGCGAUGAGCAGGUUGCCAAACAGUUCGCAGCUGGCAUUGCAUCUCUUCCUGUUGAUGCUCCUGGCAGUCAACAAAUACAGUCUGUACAGCAACCAGACGACUUUACAGCGCCCGAUCCUGCUUCUUUGGCCACACCUACGUCCGUACCCCGCAAGCGCUAUGCUUGGCUUGAGAAGAAGGAGCCAGCCAGCACAGCAAAUGUGCAAACAUUGUCCUCUGAUACACCACCCACGGCCAGCAUCUCUUCUCUCCAGAACACUCGUGCGAUCUCAUCCUCUCCAAGCAGCCCGCAGCCAGAAAAGCGUCAGCGCCUCCUACCGACUGCUCCCAAUCCAAAUGCUGAGAAGGCCAAGUUAAGCACUCCUAGUUCACUGUAUCCAAGUCCUUCAACCACCAUGCCACCUCCAAACCUGCGAGAUGCUAAUGCCGCCAAGAAGCGAUCUCGCCUUGCCCGCGCCGACCAUCCAGAACGCUUUCAGUACGCUGGUAAUACCUUCAGUAACCUAGACGAUUCUACCUUUCACCAGACCGUUCAGCAAAAUCCUUACCUAUCUGAGCUGACCGUUGAUGCCUCCCGCCCAGUCUACAACAGUCCCAAAGAAGCGCGCCACGCGCUCAAGGAGGCGGCAAAGCCAUCUGUUGCUGAGGUCAACUACGACAAGCAAAUCAAGGAACUGGAGAGCACCAUUGCCAACUUCCGCAGGAAGUAUGAGAAGACCAAGAUGAUGACUACACAGGCAGGAAUACAGGGGGCAGGCAACGUCUGGGAUCGUCUGUCCAACAUUGUGCAAUACCCGCCAGUCUUUGAUGAGUAUGCACAGAACGGACCAGACGAUCUAGGCAACUACAUCAAAGAGAUGAGAGCGUGGGAUAAAGCCAUCGGACACCAAGUCAUCAUCAAGAAGCGUAUUGUGUACAAGGAAGCCAUUGAGAAGUUGCAGGUCAAGCUUCACAUCCUGCAGACAGAGAAGGAUCUGGAUGGCCACAACACACGUCUCAAGAGGAAAGCUGCGCAGGCUAUGGAUGAUGAAGACUAG